AUCCGAUUGAGGGACCGACAGAGGGGACCGGAAAAAAUCCUUGUGUUUGACUCACCCUUCUUCCCCUUUUCUCGUCAAGACUCUCCCUCAAAAUGGACGUGGAUAUGAAGAACAAAGACGAAGUCGAUGACAAGCCAUCGAACAGCAGUGGUAGGGACAGGGACAGAGACCGCGAAAGAGACCGUGACAGGGAGAGGGACCGUGAUUUUGACCGCGAUAAAGACAGAGACCGGGAUCGCGACCGGGACCGCGAAAGAGACAGAGAGAGCAGAAGAGAUCGCGACAAGGAUAGGGACCGCGAAAGACGAGAUUCUGGUCGCUCCCGGAGAGGGGGCGGUCAUGGCGACCACUGGGAGCCUGAGGAAAGGCGCAAUGGCGAUCGCCGCAAGCGUUCGCGGUCCACCUCUCGCUCUCGGCGUAGGUCAGCUUCUCCCAGGCGACGUUCUCGUCGCUCGAGGUCAGGUUCGCGGUCUCGCAGCCGCUCCAGGAGCCGUUCCCGCAGCCGAGACCGUAAAGCUGCAGAGCCAUUUGCUCGUUCCUUAGGUGGUCCUAUGAAUGCGGACCAUGAGGAAGCCGUCGAAUUUGCCAAAAUCAGCAAGAGAGAAAACCGGGUCUACGUCGGCAACCUUAGUUACGACGUCAAGUACAGGGACCUGAUGGAAUUCAUGAGGGGAGCUGGUGAGGUCCUAUUCGCCGAAGUACUCGUUACGCCAACUGGAGUAUCCAAGGGCUGCGGAAUUGUCGAGUUUGCCUCUCAAGAAGAUUCACAACGAUCCAUCCGGGAACUUUCAGAGAUGCCGUUGCUGGGACGGCCCGUUUUUAUUCGAGAGGAUCGCGAGAACGAGGCACGAUUCGGCGCAACUCCGGUCCCCGGCAAAAUUGGUAUGGCAAUGGCUGGGCAAGGUUUGAAUGCUGCACCGCCUCCGCGUCCUCCUUCACACAAUUACUUUGGCACUCACAAUAACCCGGGUAACCAACUCUAUGUCGGAAAUCUUCCCUACCAAGCUGGCUGGCAGGAUCUGAAAGAUCUCUUCCGCACCGCCGGUAAUAUAGUCAGAGCUGAUAUCAACAUUGGAGCAGAUGGUCGCCCGAAAGGAUCCGGGACUGUGGUUUUUGAGACACAGAAAGAUGCACAGAAUGCAAUCAGCAUGUACCACGGUUUUGACUGGUACGGGCGUGCUCUUGAAGUCAGAGAGGAUCGCUUUGCCGGAUUAUCAGGACCAGGUGGCUUCCGAGGAGGCUUACGUGGCGCUCCGCGCGGUCUUCGUGGAAUGAGAGGAUUCCGCGGUGGACUACGUGGGGCAGGCUUCUCAGGCGGAGGUCGUGACUUUAACCGGGAUAUUUACGCUGAUUAUUCUGGUCCCGAUCAACAGCAGGCUCAAGGCGGAGGGUUGAGGAUGGAUGGAUACAACAGCAGCGGAUAUAGUGGAGGUGUGGGCGGCUUCCAGGGCAGUUAUGGUCCCGAGCCAGAGCCCAGUCAGCAGAUCAUGGUUCGAAAUCUUCCAUGGUCUACUGCCAACGAAGAUCUUGUCGAACUUUUCGAGACCACGGGUCAGGUUGAGUUGGCUGAAAUUCUGACUGAUGGGACGCGCUCGAAAGGGUCCGGCGUUGUUCAAUUUGCCCAAGUUGCUGAAGCCGAGACUGCUAUUGCAAAAUUCCAGCACUACAUGUAUGGGGGACGCCCAUUGGAUGUCCGAUACAAUGACCGCUGGCACACAUUCACCCCCACUGCUGCGAAAGGUGGUCAGGUGGUUCCUAUGCAAGCAGAGUAAAAUAUUUGAAUAGUGCACCCUCCUCAUUUCUUUUACCUUACUUUACUGAAAUUGACUUGACGCAUGUAGCCUUUUCGUUCCGUGGCAAAGCCUUUCCGUUGUACUUAUCAUCAGAUCAAUUUAUGUGUACUUUGCACCUUUCGACGAAUAAAGCAAGGAAUUCGACAAGAG